CUUAUACCGUCUGCCUGCCCUAAACCAUCCCACACCAGAGGAAGGGCUCUCUGCAUGCGACUACCUACAGUGCUGUUAGAAUAAACGUAACCUUUCCGGAGUCUGGCUGUGAUUUGUCGCUCUCCGUAUAUCACUCCCAAUGAACCCUCUUUGUUGAUCUAUAUCAUGUUCUUGCUGUUGAAUGCGGUGAUUUGAUCAUUAUCUGUGCUAGACAGCAGCUUUUGUAUGAUAUAAACAUGAAUACGGAAUGCAUACUAUAUUCGAGGAUUUAUUGCUGCUGGCAGGAUGGAGGAUAAUGCUGUUUUGAGGAUGAAAUCAUUGUUUUAUUCAUAGUUUGAACGCGUUUAGUCGUAACGAUGGCAAGGUAUUAUUAUCUCAUCAGUGUAUUGCUACCUUUCUUGUGUUUCUCAUUGUCUUUUGUGAGAGGACUCCCGGCAAGAGCUCCAGACUUAAAGCUGCUUCUCGCUUCAGGAAUAAAUAUCUCUUUUCCAGAUGAACAUCGCCAGCUGGAAUUUGCGGAUUACCCUCAAGCUGAUGGCUUAGUCAGCCAGCCCCGUCCCGCCGACGAUCCGUUGCCUCUCCCUCUCAUCCAAUCCUUAUCCUACCUCGAUAUCGACCUGGAACAAUCUCAUCAUGAGCUUUAUGAGGCGCUCUGGAGGAACGCAGACGUUCCCAUGGAUACAUCGUCUGCUACUAAAAUAGAUGUCCUCGGGUAUCUUCUCAAGAAACAAGUAGAGAAACUCCGUCGUGUCAGCAAUGGCCAAGUCGAGUUGGUCUUUCUCGUCGACAGCUCGGCCAGUGUCGGGAUCGAGAAUUUCUUCAAUGAACUCAAAUUUGUGAAGAAACUUUUGGCGGACUUUACGGUAGCACCCGAUGCGACACGAGUAGCUAUAAUCACUUUCUCAUCCAAACAUCGAGUUGAGUUGAACGUUAACCAGCUUGAUAAUAGCAUCGCAGGUAAACAUCAUCAUAAAUGUGCUCUCUUGAAUGAAGACCUUCCCAAGAUUACAUACGUCGGUGGAGGAACGUACACAAAAGGAGCUUUCGAGCUUGCCAAGAAAGUGCUGCAGGGGGCGCGUGCCAACUCGACCCAGGCCGUGUUUCUACUAACAGACGGUCUAUCCAACGGACCUAACCCUGUACCCGUGGCAGUCAGUCUUAAGGAUGAUGGUGUGGAGGUGUUCUCAUUCGGGAUCAGGGACGGCUACAUCCCAGAACUGCUUCAGAUGGCCUCAGAGAAGAAAGAUGAACACUGCUAUAUUCUCGACAGCUUUGCAGAGUUCGAAGCUUUAGCACGACGGGCACUUCAUGAAGAUCUACGGAUGGGUGAGUUUAUUGAGGAGACGCCAGAGAAAUGUUCAUCUCGAUGUCUAGGUGAGAAUCACUGCUGUGAUGCGAUGGCAUCGUGUAGGUGUGGUACCCAUACAGGAUCCUAUGACUGUGUAUGCCCUGCUGGCUUCUACGGCAGUGGACUUCGAGGAAAAUGCACCCCUUGUCCAAUCGGAAGCUACAAACGAGACGCUUUACCCGGCGGGAUCAACACAUGUUUACCAUGCCCUGAUCAAAACCAUGUGAGCCCUUUUAACAACACUAGUCCUAACAUGUGUGUAUGUAAGGAUGGAUACAGAUGGGAUAUAGCUACACACAGGUGCAAAGUUAUCCACUGUCCUCUACUACAAAGACCAGAGAGUGGUGAGUUCGUCGAGUGUAGCAACGUAGUGAAUGGAGCCUGUGCGAUCCGAUGUAACCGCGGAUAUGAAGUGACGGGUAGCAGUAUCCGACUCUGCUUCUCAAAUGGAACAUGGUCUGGAGAAGGUUUUGAUUGUCGAGUAAAGACCUGUGAGGUAUUGACUGCCCCUCUGAAUGGAUCCCUUCAAUGUACCUCUGAUGAUUAUGCGUUUGGUACAGUGUGUGCUGCUACGUGUGAUACAGGUUUUAAGCUCAUAGGAUCACACUCAAGACGCUGUCUACCUAUCGCCCAUUGGGAUGGACUACCCGUACACUGCAGAUCCAUUCAGUGCCCGACGUUGCCACCUAUCCCCCAUGGGUUCAUGACUCCAUCUCACUGCAGUACACAGCGACAAGACUAUGGAAAUAUAUGUAAGAUUGCAUGCACUCAAGGCUUCUACCGGAGAGGGCCUAGGAAGAAAGAAUGUAUGGCUAAUGGGAGCUGGAACAAUAAGUUUGAUCCAAGUCAGGCGUGUAUGGAUUACAUAGCACCUUCUUUAGAGUGUCCAACAGCCAUCUCGACGGUGACGUCACCGCACCAGGAUCGAGUAGUCCUCGAGUGGGACAUACCAAGACCUACAGACAACUCCGGAGAGAUGCCGCUCCUACGUGCUAUUCCCAAUGUACACCCGCCCUGGACAUUCCCUCUUGGUCAAUGGAAUAUCACAUACAGCGCAACUGACCAGGCGGGAAACAUCGCGCAGUGUGUCUUUAGUGUGACUGUUGAGGAUCGAGAGCCCCCAUCAAUCCGGCGAUGUCGUUCACCUAGUACCUUCAUUACAUCACAAAGAGAACAUAGAGUAACCUGGGAAGAACCCUUGUUUUCAGACAACUCUGGUGGUGACAUCACAGUGAUAAGGUCACAUGACCCUGGCAGCGUAUUCCUAUUGGGUACCACGCUUGUGGAGUAUCUAGCGACGGAUGCAGCCGGAAACACUCGUUCAUGUGUAAUGUAUGUUGAUGUACAACAAAAUUUGUGUCAGAAGCCACGUGACCCAGUAGGUGGAUCUGCGAUCUGCUUCCACACCACUCAGGGAAUGAACUGCUCAGUGACCUGUGGACCUGGCUAUGCUAUGUCUACACGACCCCGGAAGCUAUACUUCUGUGCCCUCAACGGUACUUGGUACCCUGAUGGCAAAGUACCAUGGGACGACUGUUCAGAGACCCAUCAUGCUAAGAAUGUUCUUCAACCCAUGACCUUUCUCUACGAGACGUCUGAUUGCGACACUGUGUUUGCUCGGAACAUCGAGAGAAUAUUGGCGACCAACCUCGAGGAACCGAUUCGUAAUUACUGCGGAGAGAAUGUACAAUGUGAGCUUUCAAGUGUAAAGGCUAACUGCGAAGACAGAGAUCCUAUACCGUUCUUACGUGGUGCACCAUCUAGUCUCCAGCAAACAAGCCCAGGUGCAGAUUCACGUCUGGCUCUUCAAGGCGCUGGUGAGGUCAGCGUCACUGCUCAUAGACUCAAUAUCUUACAGUCUCCUAAUCUCUUCGUCAACAUCGUUGUUAAUGCAUCUGCGAGUCCCAACGAGACAGCAGCAUUAACCAGUCCGACAGAUCAAACUUAUCAAAUGGUUGUAGAAGUUGCCGCUUCGGUUCCAACGCAAAUACAGUCUAAUUUUGAUAAUGGGACCAUUGUGACCAAUUCUAACAGGAGUAGCGAGAGAACAUUUCAGGUCAAUCGGAUAACCGUCUAUCGGGAGGAUAUUCAACCGGUUUGUUCAGCCGGUGCGGUUAGACGCGGUGAAGGUGAAGGCGCUAAAUGCGUGCAAUGCAUCCCUGGAACAUACUUCGAUAUCGUUACAUCAGCCUGUGAGUAUUGUGAUAUCGGUACUUACCAGAAUCAGAUUGGACAGUUGUCAUGCUUGCAUUGUCCAAAUGGAACGUCUACAUUCAACACAAAGUCCACAUCACUGGCAGACUGCAAAGCUUAUUGUGAGCCUGGCAGUAAAUCAUCGUCUGGUUUAGAGCUGUGUGAGCUAUGUCAAUUGAACACAUACCAACCGAAUAGGGGUAGUACUCAGUGUGUUGAAUGUCCGAGAAGACGACACACUCCCUCGCAUGGUGCAAGGAAACUCUCAGAUUGCAAAGCUUACUGCCCUCGCGGUAAAACCUCAGUCAACGGCUUGACGCCCUGCCUGCCCUGUCCGGCGGGUACAUUCAAGAUAAGCCAACGAUCCAGCUACUGUCUACUAUGUCCUGAAGAUUAUCCUCUCUCUAAUCCUGGCUCUAUCACAAUCACAUACUGCAGGAAUUCCGCCAAUGAGCGAAGUCCAGCUGGACGCAUGAUGUCUUUGAGAUCUCUACCAUUCAGUGAAUGCUUCUCAUCACCCUGUCGUAAUGGAGGAUCUUGUGAGUCUUCACCCGGGGGUUACAUAUGCACCUGCCCUGCUGGUUACACUGGACCACGAUGUGAGACGGAUAUCAAUGAAUGUGAAACAGCAAUGUGUAUGAACAAUGGUUCCUGCCGUGACCUCAUAGAUGGUUAUAUGUGCCAUUGUCCAAGAGGAUUUACUGGUAGAUACUGUUCAGAGGAUGUAGACGAAUGCAGGACUAAUCCGUGUCAUAAUGGAGCGACUUGUAUUGAUGGACCACAGUAUUACGAAUGCGUCUGUCCUGAUGGAUAUACAGGGAGAAACUGUGAGGAAGAUGUUGAUGACUGUGCCCUAGAUCCUUGCUACAACUUUGGUACUUGUACAGACUUCAUCGGGGGUUUCCAAUGCACCUGUCCAUCUGGUUACCUUGGAGACCUUUGUGAGAUGGAGGUUGAUGAGUGUCUCUCCUACCCGUGUGAUAACAAUGCCACAUGUAAAGACAUGGUCAAUGAAUUUCGAUGUGAGUGUCUUGUUGGAUUCUCUGGGACCCUCUGUGAAAUCAACAUAGAUGAAUGUGCAACGACUCCCUGCCUUAAUGGAGCGACCUGUAAAGAUCUCAUCGCUGGUAUCCAAUGUGUAUGCAUGCCUGGUUAUACAGGUGUAGUAUGUGAAGAAGAGAUGACUUGGGAUUUCAACAUGGUGUUUGAUAGAGGCGGUAUAGAUGAUUUUGUCGUACUGGAACGUGAUUUUCCAACGCUCACAGCUGUGACCAUCUCGUUUUGGAUGUUAACUGAUAACACAGGCAACUCUGGCACUGUUUUCUCCUACGCUGUCAGUGAUUCAAGUGAUAAUGCUUUGACUGUCACAGACUAUAGCGGAUUCGUCCUAAAGGUAAACGAAGAAACCAUAGUGAGUGACAUCACAGCAAAUGAUGGGAGAUGGCACCACAUAGUGGCCACUUGGGAUUCCAAUGGAGGAACCUAUACAAUGUACAAAGAUGGUGUUCAACAGGCUAAUGGUACAGGGCUUUCAAAUGGCAUGUCUAUACCAGGUGGUGGAACGUUGAUCCUGGGUCAAGACCAAGACACCCUAGGAGGAGGCUUCACACACCUUGAGUCUUUCAUUGGAGAGAUCACCUAUCUUACUGUUUGGGAAAGGGCUCUAGGAGCGGCAGAGAUCUAUGAUCUAGGAAGGACCUGUCAAAAACCAUCAGAUGUCAUCAUGGCAUGGCCAGACUUUCUAUCGGGAAUGGAAGGCCAAAUUGAAAAGCGGAAUAAUACUUUCUGUCAAGGAUGUCCCUAUCCCACUGCACCUGAGGCUGGCUUUGUGAAGGGCUACCAACCAUCACGACCUUUGACCUCCGUGACCUACCACUGUCAGCUAGGCUUUGAACUCCCCAGACAUGAAGUCACUCGUGCUGAAUGUCAGGUAUCAGGAGAGUGGAGUCCGGGUGAUCGAGCAUAUUGCGACAGAAUAAACUGUGGAUACCCUGGACAUCUUAAACACGGGUAUGUGAUUGGUAGGAUGUAUCUGUAUGGUGACCAAGUUUUCUACACCUGCGUCGAAAAUUUCACUCUUGUUGGUCCUUUGGCGAGAGAAUGUAUGGAGACUGGCUAUUGGUCAGGUUUCACGCCAGAAUGCAAAUAUGUGUUUUGCGGAGAGCCACCGCAUGUUCCAAAUGCUGUAGUCUUUUCUUCUGAGGGUGAGAGACCAGUCCACAUGGCAUUCCCAAGACAGAGCGCAACAUACCAGUGUGCACGGGGUUACCAUUUGAUCGGUUUGCCUAACGUUACAUGUCAGAUAGAUGGAGAAUGGACAGCACCACCGACCUGCAGGAUCGUCAGCUGUCCACCUCUGACAUCAUCUCCAAACUCUAUGCUCAUUACCACUAACGGGACUGUGUUCAGCAGCAUCGCAGAAUUCCGUUGCAUCACUGGAUACAGGAUGACGGGGAUGAAUGUGCUUCAGUGUCAAGAGACUGGAAGGUGGGACAAUGCAGAGCCACUUUGUAAAAUUCUGUCUUGCGGACAUCCACCUAAUGUGCCCCUUGCCACCUCCACAUAUGACGGAUUGACGUAUGGCAGCAGUGUUUGGUACACCUGUAAUGAAGGAUAUGAGGCGGACCGGACUGUCAUCCAUUGUGGAGGGAAUGGAGUGUGGGAGCCUUCUCUUCCUGAGUGUAGACGCAUCCAAUGUUCCAUGCCUCCUGCUGUGGCAAAUGGCUCAAUGAUAGGAGGGGACUUUGGAUUCAACGCUACUGUCAUAUAUGACUGCGACAGAGGUUACACAGUCGCUGGUAAUAGAGAGAUUUCAUGUAUGAGCAACGGACAAUGGUCAAGCAGCCCCCCUGUUUGUCAGGCAGUUUCCUGUGGAGAACCUCCAAAGAUGAACAACCACCAAUUAGUCGCAGACCAAUCACCAGAAUUCACAUAUGGAAUAACUGUGGAAUACACCUGUCCCUCAGGAUACCUGUUUGAUUCUGACAGUACUGAAUUGACAUGCGGUGCAGGCGGACAUUGGGUAGGUACCCUGUCCGACUGUAUCCCUGUAUCUUGUGGUCCUCCGAAUGACAUACCUAACAGUAACAUCAAGGGUCAGGACUACACAUACAACCAAACUCUGGUAUAUACCUGCAAAACUGGCUUCAUCUUGUCUGGUGUCUCUGUCAUCACGUGUCUCGCAUCUGGGCAAUGGACGGAAAGUUCUGUACGUUGUGAUAUUGUAGAGUGUGGAGAGCCACCUGCUGUUCCUCAUGCAGUUGCCUCACAUGGAAGACUUUACAAUGAGUCAGUGACGUAUGCAUGUCAAGCUGGGUAUGUUACCAGGAAUGCCCCACAUCUUAGGUGUUCUGCAGAGGGACAGUGGUGGGGUGAUCUUCCAGUAUGUGAACCUAUCACUUGUGAGGUACCGUUAGCACCUGAUCAUGGCUUCAUCGUUGGAACGAACUGGUCCUUCCAGAGUGAAAUUGUAAUGGAAUGUGACUUAGGAUAUCGUCUACAUGGUGAGGCAACCAGGCAAUGCCAAAGCUCAGGCCAAUGGUCAAACACCUCAGCUGAAUGCAUUCUAAUAUUCUGUCCAGAACCUCCUGUAAUUCGCCAUGGCAAUGCUCAUUUUGACAACCUCAUUUAUGGAAGCUCUGUAACAUACAAGUGCCAUGAGGGAUACAUUCUUGAGGGGGAAUCGUCUCGAAACUGCUCUGCUCAAGGUGAAUGGACUCAGGAACCCCCAUCUUGCAAAUUAUUGGAAUGUGGCAGCCCUCCUUUGGUAGAGAAUGCAUAUUUCCUCGGAGACAAUUUUACAUUUAACAAUACGCUUAUCUAUUUCUGUGAUGAUGGAUUCAUCUUUGGAGGUGAUGUUGUAUCCAUGGAGACCACCUGUCAGGCUGAUGGAAGGUGGAGUGAAGAAGAGAUACGGUGUGAGGCUAUCAGCUGUGGGAUGCCAGUUACUCCACCUCAGGGUUUCAUACUAGGAACCAAUUUUAGCUACCUUAACAGUGUACAGUUCGUGUGCAACCCUGGUUAUGUCUUGACUGGCUCUAAAUCAGCAACCUGUACCUCCAACGGUACAUGGAGUCACUCAGACACUAGAUGCAAGCCGCUGGAUUGUGGGUCACCUUCAGACGUAAACAACGCAGAAUUUGAACUGAAUACUAGCACUUAUGGAUCCACCGUAGCAUACCAGUGUGAUGUGGGUUACAAGGCCAUCUCUGAGCUGAUGAUUGAAUGUGAUGAAACAGGUGUAUGGAGUGGAAAUGUAACCAACACAAGCUGCCAGCCUGUCCCCUGCUUAGAGAUUCCUCUCGUUUACAAUGGGUUAAUUGAAGGUGAAGGCCUUUUCGUGUAUGGAGACAUUGUCAGAGCUCACUGUGAUGAAGGUUUCAAAUACCAAACCUUACAGGAAAUGCGGUGUUCUGAAAAUGGAAUAUGGGAUCCUGCGAACAUCACUUGCGUUCCAAUAACUUGUCCACCUGUCCUUCCAUCAGACAAUGGUUUCAUCACAGUAGAUUCCAACUCAUAUGGAGAGGUGAUGGUAUUUGAUUGUAACGAGGGGUUCUCCAUCGAUGGAAAUGACACAUUGCUGUGUGAGGAAGAUGGAGAAUGGAAUGGAGACAUGCCCCAGUGUUUACCCAUCAUUUGUGAAGACUUGGCAAUACCUCAAAAUGGAUCCAUACAGUCAACAGGGGUGUCCUUUGGUAGCCAGGUGGUGUAUACUUGUGACGAUGGAUUCGAAUUAGUAGGAACGAGCGUCACAGAGUGUGCCGGUCAGGGUGUCUGGUCACACCCACCUCCCGUUUGCACCCUCAUUGAAUGUCCAAUGCCUAUCAACCCCGCCCAUGGUAUUGCAAUAUUCCUCAACAAUCGAUACCUGGAUGAUGUGAGCUUUGGAUGUGAACCUGGAUAUCACUUGGUAGGAUUAGCAAGGCGCCGCUGUCAAGCAAACGGAACCUGGAGUGGCUAUGAGCCAAAGUGUAGACCAAUCGAAUGCAGGGUAGAGGAAGCCUUCCCCCUUGGAAUUGUUAUACGGAAUCACACUGUCUUCAACGGUGACAAGGUCCUCUAUUCAUGCAAUCCUGGUUACAUGAUAGCUGGUCAAAGUUUCAGGAUCUGUGGAAAUGACGGGAUACUUAGCGGUCAACAACCUACAUGCAUCCGAGUAACAUGUGGUCCUCCUCCAAACCUCUUACUCGGCAACGUAACAUUACCUAGCGACAGGUAUGAAAGCAAUGCCACUUAUUCAUGUUCUUUGGGAUUUACUCUUGAUGGACCAUCUUCAAGACAGUGUUUAUCGAAUGGAUCGUGGUCCUUUGCCCAUCAGGAUUGUAGAGUGAUAGAGUGCCCCAGCCCACCACCGAUUCGACAUGGAACUCUACAGAUGAAUACCAAGAUUCCGAUAUAUAGAUCAAGUGUAACAUAUACAUGCGAUGUAGGGUAUGCUGUGAAAGGUGAGAGCAUGCUAACGUGUGAUGAACAUGGAUCAUGGAGCAACACUAUGCCAAGUUGUGAACUUGUUUCGUGUGGACAACCGCCGUUUUUGGACAAAGGAAUUGUUUCCUUCGAUGUGACGACAUUCAGUUCACAAGCAACAUACCGUUGCUGGACCGGUUAUAUCAUUGCAGGCGAAAGUGUAAGAACGUGUCUUGCUAACGGCUCAUGGAGUUUGGUCAGUCAGGUGUGCAAACCCAUAUCUUGUGGACCGUUGUCUUUGCCAUUGCAUGGAGAAGUAACAAAUACCAAUAUAACACUUGAUGGCAUUGCAAGGUACUCUUGCAAUCAUGGUUAUGUGCUCAUUGGAUCUAGGACACGUACCUGUAGUGUAAGUGGAGAAUGGUCCGGGUCUACACCUGAAUGCCAACCUAUCACCUGCCAGCAGCCUGAUGAUGUAGAACAUGGUAUCAUUAUCAAUCUUGGUAAUAUGCAACUGUUGGAUGAAAUACAGUAUCGCUGCAAUGAAGGGUACAAGAUGCGUGGAGAAGAUAGGAGGAUAUGCCAGGCAGACCAGACUUGGAGCGGGUCUUUGCCUGCCUGUCGCCCAAUAUCAUGCGAUACACCCCCAAUAGUAAUAAAUGGCGUACGUUCCUACAAGGCCAUAACUUUCAACAGUACUGCAGUUUAUGACUGUCAUUCUGGCUACACAAUGCACGGUGUCCAGGUCGUCAGAUGUACAAGCGACGGGAGCUGGCUACCUUACCCUCCACAAUGCCGACCUGUCAAGUGUGGUCCUUUAACCAACCCACAUAAUGGAAAGGUGAUACUAGAAAGCAAAGUGUACCAAAGCCAAGUUCAUUAUAUAUGCCAUGAUGGUUACUCAACGAAUCAGCCAAGAAGUAGAACAUGCUUAGCAAAUGGAACUUGGAGUGAGAAGGAGCCCCAAUGUUCACCGAACCCUUGUCAAGCUUUACCUCGCAUACCACAUGUCAUCUACCCGGCCGAUAAGACAAGGUUUGUGGUUGGUGACUUUGUGCAGCUAGAAUGUGAGAAUGGUUUUCAACCAUCGUCAGAAGGUAUGGCCGAGUGCCUUCCAGAUCAAACGUGGUCAUUGACAGAGUUUUCAUGCGACCCUCUAGAGUGUCUUCCACCUGAAUCACCUGAGAAUGGCCAUGCAGAAUACAGAACAUUGUUCUUUGGAUCCAUCGUAACAUAUACAUGUAAUGCUGGAUACACCCUUCUGGGUCGGGCAACAUCAUCUUGCAAUGCAAACCAAACAUGGAGUAACCCACUACCACUUUGCCAUCUUGUGACUUGCCCAGAUCUCCCAGCCAGUGAAAACAUGGUUUAUUUGAGUACUUCAAAUGCAGUUGGAGACGCCGUUACUAUUUCCUGUAGCAAUGGUUUUAAGCUUGUUGGAACCAGCAGGAUUCUCUGUACCUCCGAAGGGACGUGGAGUCAUUCCUUGCCCCGAUGUGAAGCCGAUGGCUGCCUACCACCUCCUGUGAUUGAUAAUGGAAGAAUGUUUGGAGAAAGCUUUUCUCCUGGAGACGUUCUCAGUUUCAGGUGUAAUCGAGGAUUCUACAGGGUUGGGAGUAGUUCUAUCAGAUGUAUGUCAGAUAAUACAUGGAAUGACUCCAUACCUAAAUGCAUUGCCUUUGGUUCUCUUGCAUCUCUUGAGAGACCAGUAUGUGUGUUACCCUGCCUCCAUGGAGGGAAGUGUGUGGGACCAUACAGCUGUGAAUGUCCCUAUGGAUUUACUGGUUCUCGUUGCGAACAUGUUCUCUGUACUACCCGCUGUAUUGGAGGUGCACGUUGUAAAACUAGACAUCCAAACUGCCGAACAUGAGCCAGUUGAUGUGAUGGAGUAACUGACUCCCUGAAAUCAGUCUGAAUGGAUUCUGUAUUUCCGAGCAGGAUCUUCACCCACCAAUCCUGACCAAAUAUAAUAAACCAGCCCAAGGACUUCUGUAGUCCCAUUUGUUGCAAGAGAAUGUUAACUGUUGUGUGUUUAUAUACAUGUAUGUUGGCUUCGGUUGAUCAGUAAAAGUGCCAAAUAUGAGGGACGUCAACUGUUAGGCGUUGUGUAACAGCCAGGAAAUGCACCCUUUAUAAAUACUUUAUGGAAUGGUUUGUUUGUUAUUCUUGUUGUAGAUUAACAUGACUAUGGAGUAUGCAUUUCUUUUUCAGCUCUCAAGUUUAUCAAAUUGAAGGAAACGUGUUUUUUAUCUCCCAACGUUACAAAUAUAAAAUAUAUAUUAUUUUUAUUUCAAUAGAAUACAAAGUGAAACUUCAACAACAGAUUAACAAAACAAUAUGUGUAAUUUAAGACACUGAAAAAUUAAUAUAUGAUAGUCAGUUUGGUCGCUUUAUUGUGAAUUUGUGAUACGCAUAUUUAAUUUUGUUUGCUAUUUCUUUCAGCAAAAAAAAUUCACGUUCCAAAGCCGAGAAGAUAAAAUUGCAGUAAAAACAAUCAGUCAGUGAAUAUAUAAUUAUCUUUUGACGUUUCAACCAUGUACAUCAUACAUUGUACAUCAGCAUUUGAAUUAUUUAUUUUGCUGCAUUUAUAUGGUUGAAAAACUUUUUGUUUGCUGCUGUUUUAUUGCAUUGUCUUACGAAUAUGGUGUGAUAUAGUUUGGUUUUAGUGAUCCAAAUACAUUUCACGUAUUUCCGACUCCAUGAUCUUGAAACUGCGAUCCGUGCCAUUACAAUGUAAAUACUGGAUAACGCGAGAUUGUUUUGCAUUAACAUUGGGUGUUUGUAAGGCCGUGUGCGCUUUCUUUAAAAAGAGAACUAGCAGUUUUUAUUUCUGAUUUGUUUUCAUAUGUGUCCAACAAAUUGUGAUGUUAUAUAAUUUCUACAUUAAAAAACAGAAACAGAUACAACAUUAUAUAAUUAUGGAAUAGAAGGUUGUUCACUUCCCUUAGGUUUACUGUCUUGAAUCGCAGUCCAUGAAGACCCUAGCUUACCUGGACCCUUCUAUUUUCAAUGUGCAGUUUUUACACAAUUACAAUACGUACAUUUUUAUAAUCUCUUCCUUCUUUCAAACUAGCUUUAUAUCUUUCCAGUAUAAAUCAAAAUCUUGUGAUGUAGACUUUGAUGUAAUGUGAGCUUUGAAACUACAUGUAGUUAAAUAAUAGUUCUAGUAAUUCUAGUUUUUGUACUCUACGAUAUAAUUGAUGUUAUUCACAAGCGCAUGGCCACAAAAUGGUUUAAUUUAUUUAUGAUUGAUCUUACCCUCCCUUUAUAUAUUAUAAUUUCAAUCUCUCUAAAGUGUAUCAUAUCUGCCUUCUCUCUGCUCCUUCUCUCUCCCGUUUUAUCUCAGUUCCUCCCUCUUGCUCACCAUCAUUUUCAAAUCUUGAGGUCCCUGUAUCCAUCAACCCCCCCCCCCCCCUUUUUCUAUUCUCUCUCUCUCUCUUACUAUUAUUUGCUACAAUUCAUAUCCAUAAAUAUCUCCCCUCCCCUUCCCUCCCCCUUUCUCUUUCUCUCUUUCUCUUUAUCUCUUUCCUACCACCCGCAUACAUGAAUUUCCUUUACCAUUCUUCCACCUCAAUGAUAACUCUACCAGUGCAAAUUAUGACAACACCUACGUUCAAGGCUAUUUCAUCAUCUAAAUGUACAUACUGUAUCUGUAUAUUAACCUUGUAAAUUCAAUUUGAAGUAAUAAAACCUGAAAAAGUAUGAAAA